UCUCCCAACUCAUCUCUGGUUGCUACUCAUCUCUGAUCUCUGAUAUACUACUCCUGUAACUCAUUUUUUGUGGACAGUGGCGCAACCAAGUGCCUCGGAUCGAAACUAUUUUGGGUAUCACGCAUUUUAAUCAAAACAUGGGUUUCUAGGAGAUGUCGAAAUUUAUCGGUUGAAGGCAGUUGCUGUCGUUGCUGUCAGUUGCAGUCAGUUGGCAAUAUGGCGACAAAGGAGAGUAACGUGUCCUCUCUUUACGCGGAGUUAAAUAAAUUGGGCCAAAGUAGCGAAUACGAGAGAGCUUUAAAAACGGCCAAUAAAAUUCUUACCAUUUCCGAAGAGGAGGAGCCUGCUUUCCAUUGUAAAAUUGUUUGCUUCAUUCAAUUGGGGAGAUUCAAAGAAGCUCUACAAUCGAUUUUAAACUUUCCAAAACAAUUGGCAAAUUUGGUGUUCGAAAAGGCAUAUGCCCUUUAUCGGUUGAAUGAAGUAACCGAAGCUCUUAAGGUUGUAGACAGUGUUCAGAAUCCUUCUUUAAGAAUCAAGGAACUAAAGGCACAGAUUUUAUACCGACUGGAGAGAUACGAGGAGUGCUUCUCUGUUUACCGAGAUAUUAUUAAGAAUUCUAAUGAUGAGUACGAAGAUGAAAGAGAAACCAAUCUAGCUGCUGUAAUUGCUAAUUUAGCAGCAGAAGGUUUGGAUUUAGAAGUUCCUACAUUAAAAGAAAAUACUUACGAGCAAGUGUAUAAUGCUGCCUGUCAGUUAGUAUCUCAGGCCACAUGUGAGAGCAAAGAACUUCUCAUUGAAGCAGAAAAUAAAUUGAAAAUGGCAGAGAAAAUGUGUCGAGAAUCAUUGGAAGAGGAUGAAGUACCUCUUGAAAAGGUGGACGAGGAAAUUGCUAUCAUUAAAGUUCAGCUUGCUUAUUGUCUACAGCUGCAAGGAAGAGAGAAAGAAGCUCAAGCUUUGUACUCGGCUGCACUUAAAUCAUCUCCAUCGGAUAUUGCGUUAAAUGCAGUUGCUAAUAAUAAUCUACUUACUCUGAACAAGGAUCAAAAUAUAUUUGAUAGUAAGAAGAGAAUGAAAAGUGCUUUUCAGGAAGGUUUAGAGCACAGGUUGACUUCUAAACAACGGAGAACUAUAGCGUACAACCAAUGUUUACUUGCUUUAUACGUGAAUCAGGGUGAUCGAUGUCAGCAGCUCUGUGAUAAACUAGCAACUCAAUACCCUGAAUUAACAUCUGAUGCUAUGUUUGUGAAAGCUCUGCAAAUGAGUAAGGAAGAUAAGACGAAAGAGGCAGUAAAAAUAAUAAACGAGCACGCUUUCGGAGAGCACCAACUACAAAUGAAGUUAAAUUGUAUACAGGUGCUUUUAAAUCAUGGAGAGCGCCACGAGGCAAUUAAAGUCCUGGAAAGCUUGAACGAAAAGGACAAAUCACUGCCAGGAAUUGUCAGCGCUCUUGUGACCUUUUAUAUGGCAGAAAAUAAUCGUCAAAGAGCUUCAUCAGUUCUCAAGGAUGCUGUAAAUUAUUAUAAAAAGAAUAAGGAAAUGGGUGGAAAUCUCGAAACACUUUGGAGGCAAGCAGCAGAUUUCCAUUUGCGCAGUGGUGAAGUCGAAGUUGUUGCUGCUAGUUUGGAGGAAUUGCUGCAUGCUUCGCCUUCAGAUACUAAAAUUUUGGCGCAAUUGGUUAUUGCAUAUGCCCAAUUCGAUUCUGCCAGAGCCCAAUUAUUAUCUAAACGAUUACCUCCUUUGCACGACCUUGCAGAGACUGUCAAUGUGGAUGCAUUGGAAAGUAGCAACUGGAUUAUCGGUACUAAAGUUAUUAAGCGGAAAGUGGAAGCUUCACCAGGAACCCCAGCAACUGAUCUGAUCAGGAAGAGGAUUAAGAAACGAAAACGGAAAGGGAAACUUCCUAAAACCUAUGACCCGAAUGUUCCGCCAGACCCUGAAAGAUGGUUGCCAAGACAUGAACGUAGUGGCUAUAGGAAAAAAAGGGAUAGGAGAAAUAGGGAUUCAGCUAUGAAAGGAACCCAGGGUGCUGCAACAGGAGCCAGCGACAUGUAUGAUAUUACUAAAAUGCAAGCAAAACCAUCUCCGAACGUUCGGAAUAGUCCGGCAGUUGAAUCAUCGGGUCCACGACAGCAACAGAGAAAGGUACAACAAAAGAAAAAAAGGAAAGGUGGUAAGUGGUAAAUGGAAGAAAAACAGAAGCAGUAUCUGGCAGACAUAACGAGGCAAAGGAGCAGUACUAAUUAAGUAUGUAAACAAUUUUUAAUAAUCUUUAAAAGUGAAGGUUGUUUUCGAUUGAUCACAUAUCGACGUCUAACAUAGAAUAUAACGUGUCUGUCAAGCAAUGAUUAGGACCUGGUGAUGCAGAUUCUCUUGUGUAUGUACACUCAAUCGAUAACAGUUUUACAUAAAAAAAUACAAUUUUUCUUCGGAUUUGUUGCGGUAUGUACAAUAUAUUUUAGAACUGCUUAACUGCAUGGCAUAGUGGCCUUCAAGAUUUCUUAUUAGAUUUACUUUUACAAAAUGAGCAAUGUUAUCGCUAUGUAUCAUCAUUGCAUUAGUUGUUCGGACAGUUUCAUCGAUCAGUUUAUAUACAGUGCAAUGUUGGGAAGGCGUAUCCGCAAUAGUUUAACGUAAUACAUCAUUUCACCUUGCAUGUCAAACGAUGACUAGGACGUUUUACAUUAAAACUCAUUUAAUCCCAUCGUCCAACACUAGGAAAGCCGGUAAAUCGAUAAUUGCUCGCGUUUUAAGAAAUCAUAUGGAUUCGAUAAAAAAUUUUUUGUUAUGUAUCAAGUAUGCUGUCAGUCAAUUAAUUGGGAAACUAACAUUUCUUUCUUUUUUUUUUCCUUUAAACGAUUUCAAAUUAUUUCUUCCGGCGACAGGGUACAAAUCAUGCAAACUAAACGUAGAGCAUAUAAAUGUAGGCAACGAUCCGUUACAUUCCAAUAUUCUAAUUUUAUUGUCUCGAAUUGCAUCGCACGUCUCGAUAAACAUGUACGAUCCACGACAAAGAUGUCCGCUCGAAUUACGAAAUAUGAUGUCUACAUUAUAGAAAAGCCAUCGAGUAUAAAUAAAUUCGCAUCGAAUUGUCCGCGAAUCGUCAGAUCAUGACUCAAUAUGUUAUCCGAUGUUCUCAGUCUCACUCCGAAGUCCAUUUUUAAGGAAAAAAUCCUUACGUAGAUUUUAUAGAAUUUUCAUUCCCUCCGAUCAAGUCGAUGUUUCGCCAAUAAAAGUGGCUCCUUAAUCCGAGGGAUUCGUUAGAGGCACGUGAAGAUGUACUUUUCAAUGUAAACCAAUACGUUAUCCUGUAAUAUUUAGAAAUCAAUGUUUAAAAGAAAAAAAAUAGUUAACGAC